UUCAAUUCUAAUUUUCCUAGAGAGCUCCUACUUGCAAACUUUUUAUCAUAUUCAUAUCGAAAAUGACUUCGUGCCACGGCUACCGUUGCGCCUACGAGGAUGGGAUGAACCUAUCCUGCGUGAGUUUGAUGUACUAUCGCAGGAUCGUGAGGAUGGACAGGAGCGCCCUGCUGCAGACCGACCUCAAGAAGAUGCCGCCAAAGCCGCAGAAGACGCCCCGCUUGUUCCAGCCCAAGCUGGAGAAGGACAAGAACAAGGCGACUUCUACGAUGGUUGCAGCCCAAAAGGAAAGGGUGAAGGACAUCCAGGAGGCAGCUUUGGUCAAGGUCAAAGGGCAAGACUCUGGAAUCGCACGCAAUCUCCGUGCUGCCCGAAUCUAUGACCGCCAUUCCGGAUCGAAGCGCACGGGUGUCAAGGCGGUGGACAAACGCAAUGGAGCCGGGGCCCACAACUGGGGAUCGCCGGAGCAGGAGAUCCAGAUGCAUCAGAAGGACAAUUCUCGCAGGGACAAGCAAGCCCAGGAUGUGUCCAUGCAGUCGAAGGCGGCUGGGAAGAAGGACUCUUCGAAGGAUUCGCCGGUGCAGUUCACACUGGACGAGUGGCGUGCCAUGCAGACCCAGAAGAGGAAAUUACUUCAGAAGAAUCAGGAGAAGGCCUCCGAGGGUGGUGAAGCAGGUUCAGGAGAAUCAGGUGGAUCGGGAGAAUCAGGCCCAUCUGGAGGGUCAGGAGACGAGGGCGCAGGAUCGCGUCUUGUCGGCAUCAAGUUCUAUUUCAGCUCCAAGCCAGGACCCAUUUUGAAGAUCAGUGAUGACCUGAAGUCCUGUCCCAAGGUCGACGAUUAGGGACAGUUCUCAAAACUAUCCUAAGUCGACAUUUUCACGUCGACCAUUGCCAAUGCGACUCGAGUAUAUUUUGGUAUCUCGCGUUACAUUCAUGGUACUCACUCAAUUGUAAUAAAAUAAUACAGAAAAACUA